AGCUAGUAAAUUAUUGUUCAACGUAAGUCCUACAGAUCGACCUUUGUGAUAGCCUCUAUCUCAGAUACAUAUUUGAUUAGUCCAAAGGGCAGUUACAGAACCACCGCUGUUGACAAGUCAGAGAAAAAUAUGUACGGGAAGAAACAUUUCUACUUGCCGGUAGCCGUCCUUUUUCUCGCGGCUCUGCAGCUCUGUCUGGCCGCCAGCUGUGUGAAGACAGGUCCGUGCUCCUGCAAGAUGGACGACGACUCAGGGGUCAUUGACCUCAGUCCUCUGGUCAACGAAAGUCCGACGUACAAGGACAUACACGCUACCUACUUCCCUGACACCUGGGUCUAUUCCUAUAACCCAUGCGUACCGUUCUCGGAAGGCUCCUGCAAAAAUGUAUCUGUUUGUGCCAAGGCCAGACUAAACCAUAGCAAGUACGAAAGUUACGGUACCCAGGAGUCAGCGGAGUUCAAGUCCGACACGGAUGUUGGGCUCGUGCUGGGGUACGUGGACUCACCAUCCUACAGGGUAGGCGCUGUAGAACUGUGGUGCGUAGAGAAGAAUCAGCCACAGAACCUCACUGUUCUCGGACGACACCCCAUGUGGCCAAACACCAUUGUAAGUGAAACGUCUUUACCACUCACCUCACCUCACCUCACCUCACCUCACCGGUCCCAUAGCCUGACUGGCCGUAGGGGCAGCAAUGCCAUCAACAUAAGUUUUCCAUUUUCGUCUAUACCACUAACAAUCGUCUUUACCACUAACAAUCUUUAUUUACCACAACAAAUGAAAAGUGACUUUCGUAAGGUCUGCUACCUGUAUACAUGUACACAGAAACAUACAAGUUGAUAUAGAUAAAUUAACCUACGGAUUGAGUUUGUGGUAUCAUUUACCCUCCUGUUUCUAAGUCUUAAAGAUUAUUCGAUAAAUUCACUUCUGCCUAGAAUACAAUUUAAUUUAUCUAUAGGAUGAUGGUACGGAAUUCUUUUGAACGGACAAAGGGGCGAGCAGUUACCUUACCUGUGUCUAUCAUCAUGUCGUGAGAAAUAUUUGUGUGUGUAUGUGUGUGUGUGUGUGUGCACGUACGUGGGUGCACGCACGCAUGUGUGCGUGUGUCUUUGUGUGUGUGUGUGUGUGUGUGUCUAUGACAUGUUUCAGGUGACAAGUCGAUGAUUGAAUCUUUAACUCCAUAGUCAAUACAAGUAUACUGAAUGAUGACUUACAGUUAUGAUUAGAUGUCACGGACAUGAAUGACCUGCACCUAUUGUUUCCCCACAGAUCAUGGCCCUAUUCAGCCCCUGCUGCUGCCCGGGUGCAGGGCCAAACUGCGCAGACGCCACAACUUAAUUCAAACGGAGAGUCAGUUUGAAUGGAACACUCUUGGUUUUGUACAAAUGUCUGAUUUAUGCUUUACCUCAUCUCACAUCUGUUUUCUGAAGGAUCGUGGAAAACACUAACGCUAGUUCACCUUUAUCCGCAGGGUAACCUAUAUCCGUUGCUUU